GUGUACCGUGUAUACUAAUCUGACACUUAUUUCUUAGAUGGCGCUCCUUUCGCUUUGCGACUCAGACGUGCAAUCAACCCCGCGCUUAGAGUCGCAAGGGCAACUAGUUCCGCAAAGUUAAUUCCUUGCAGAUCUUCGUUUCCGUCUUCAUAACACAUGGUUUUUGCAAAUCAUCAAUGCUUAUCCACUCUGGGAACUUGAAACACGUCUUCAUCAGCCAACCUGCUACUAACCUAGAAACGUCUUAUUACAGACUGUUUCGGUAGGAAGUGACCAAUCUACCUAUCAUUCAGAUAAAAGGGCGAGACGGUCAGCUACUGUUUUGCUCGUUUUCUCUUACCUUCCUACGUAGUCAUGUCUUCAAAGUCUCACAAAAAUGCACCUCCUCUACGUAGAGGUACUGCUUGUCUUGCUUGCAGGAAACGUAAAUCCAGAUGCGACGGUACUCACCCAGUGUGUCAGCAAUGUAUCAAAGCAAAUCGAGAAGAUGAAUGCCGUUAUACUGGCGUGAAACGGAAACGGCAGCAAAAGAAUAUUUCAGUUUUGCGUGGGCAUUUAUUUCAGUCAGAAACCAUGAGUGACUUCCCUUCAGACGUCUUUCCCAUAAAACCAACACCGCAGGCUACAACGUCUACCCUCACUUCUAUCUUUACCACACACUCUGCCUCCUCUUCGUCAAGCUCGCUUUCACAAUCGCCCCCUUUUUCCAUCGAAUCCUUAUCAUACAAUGAAAUGGGGCCUAUGUCUUUAGAUGAUCUGAAUUCCUUAGGUCCGCAAACUCUGCCUCUUCCUCCGGAGGACUCUACACUUUCUGGUAUACCUUAUACGUAUGACUUCCCAUACUCAUGGACUACCGAGGAUUUGUUGCCCCAGGAAAUAAAGAUAAUACUGAUCGAGACCUUUCUUUCUCAUCAACAUCAGUGUUACUUCGAAGGAUGUGGCAUAGGGCUGACUGAAUCCGAGCGGCAUCCGGCGCUCAUGAAUGCUGUGUACCUCCUCGGAUGUUACUACACACGGUCCACCCACUUUUUGAAUGUGGAAACACACUUCUUGGACCUGGUGUUACGUGGCGUUGCAUCGGCACUCUCCGAACAUGAGAAGACUGUUGACGUAGUCCGAGCAUCAUCACUUCUGGCCGUAUAUCUUUACUCCACCGGGCAAAUAGUAGAAGGAUAUCGAUAUUCCGUUUCUGCGGCACGGCUGGCAUUGGAAAUUGGGCUUCAUCGAAUUUGCCCCACUGAAUUUCCUGGACCAUUGCACAACCAGAUCCCCAUUAAUCCCCAUCAUCAUAGUACGGAGAUAAACGACAGGAUAUCAGCGUUCUGGCAAAUUUUCAUGGUUGACAGUUGCUGGUCUGCAGCAACGGGAUUUCCAAGUCUACUAUCUGGUUCCGGUGAACACAAAGUCAGAAUCGAAACACCUCUGCCUCCAAGCCAAGACAGCGCCGACACCAUUGCCUUCUUCGGCGAGACCAUAGCGUUCCCUUCAAUACUGGCUCUGAAAAUCAAGGCCGCUGCCCUGUAUGAAGAGGCAGCGCUCAUUUCUUCAGACAACAACAAUUAUGAUGCGGAAUACUGGUGUAACUUCACUUCGGUUAAGAACGCUUUGGAGCGUAUACAGGCGUGCCUUCCCUUAGUUCAUGAUUAUUCUUUACCCAUUUCAGAAUCCAUCAUGGAUGUUGACAUUUUCUUCGUUCGCACCCUUGUCUACGUUUCAGUAAUCAAUAUCAAUCGGAUCCACAACCCUGCCGACGCUCUGCAAGCGUCUUUGGAUGCUGCCUCUCUCAUUGCCUCUCUCAGUGAUGAUGCCUACGAAUAUCUCGAUCCAUUAUUCUCCGUACUGUGGACUUCAAUUGCGAAAGCUUUUACGUGGAAUAUUCAUCACGGUGGAUCUGAUAGAUACCCAAUUUUUCAGACGGAAUCAUCUCUACAGGUGGUUGUGAAUGCCUUGAAGUCCCUGGGUCAAUUUGUUCCACUAGCAGCACAGUGUGGGACACAAAUUGAAGAGGACUGUGCGUCUUCGGGUGUCUGUGAUCCGACCCACCUCUGCGAGGAAAAUGUACUAUGGGGACCGGCGGAAGCAGCUCAAUCUGAAUAAGAUACACGUGGAUCGGCACAGUCAUUUGGAGUUGUCGAUCGGACCAUCGAAUUCAGUUCGACAUCAUAUACGACGACGAGUGGUCAUAGCUCUGGUCAUU